AUUAAGAAUUUAAGAUCACCACCUCCACCAAUUCGGUCUUCCUCUGCGUGCAAAUUGAGAUAUCUCCCCUGCUCUGCUCUCCAUGGAAGAGAAGAAGAAGCAGCAGCAGCGUCUUCAGCGGGGGCGCGAUGGCCUCGUGCAGUACCCGCGCCUCUUCUUCGCGGCGCUGGCGCUGGCCCUGCUCGUCACCGACCCGUUCCACCUCGGCCCGCUCGCCGGGGUCGACUACCGGCCGGUGAAGCACGAGCUCGCGCCGUACCGCGAGGUGAUGGCGCGGUGGCCGCGGGACAACGGCAGCCGGCUCAGGCUCGGCAGGCUGGAGUUCGUCGGGGAGGUGUUCGGGCCGGAGUCCAUCGAGUUCGACCGCCACGGCCGCGGCCCGUACGCCGGCCUCGCCGACGGCCGCGUCGUGCGGUGGAUGGGGGAGGAGACCGGGUGGGAGACGUUCGCCGUCACGAGCCCUGGCUGGUCGGAGCAAGUUUGCGCCAAUGGGGUCGAGUCGACGACGAAAAAGCAGCACGAGGUGGAGCGUCAGUGCGGCCGGCCACUCGGGCUGAGGUUUCACCGGGACACCGGUGAACUCUACGUCGCCGACGCGUACUACGGGCUCAUGGCCGUCGGUCCAAACGGCGGGGUGGCAACCUCUGUCGCGAGGCAGGUCGGCGGGAACCCGAUCAACUUCGCGAAUGACCUCGACAUCCACAGGAACGGAUCCGUCUUCUUCACCGACACUAGCAUGAGAUACAGCAGAAAGGAUCAUUUGAACGUUCUGCUAGAAGGCGAAGGCACUGGGAGACUGCUCAGAUAUGACCCAGAAACCAAUGCUGUCCAUGUCGUGCUCAGCGGGCUGGUCUUCCCAAAUGGCGUGCAGAUUUCUGACGACCAGCGGUUCCUCCUCUUCUCCGAAACGACAAACUGCAGGAUAAUGCGGUACUGGCUGGAAGGGCCAAGAGCCGGGCAGGUGGAGGUGUUCGCCGACCUGCCGGGGUUCCCCGACAACGUGCGGCUGAGCAGCGGCGGCCAGUUCUGGGUGGCGGUCGACUGCUGCAGGACGGCGGCGCAGGAGGUGUUCGCCAAGCGGCCGUGGCUGCGGACGCUCUACUUCAAGCUGCCCCUGACGAUGCGGACGCUGGGGAAGAUGGUCAGCGUGAGGAUGCACACCCUCCUCGCGCUCCUCGACGGCGAAGGGAACGUCGUCGAGGUGCUCGAGGACCGGGGCGGCGAGGUGAUGCGGCUGGUGAGCGAGGUGCGGGAGGUGGGGCGCAAGCUGUGGAUCGGCACCGUGGCUCACAACCACAUCGCCACGAUCCCUUACCCGUUGGAAGAGCAGAGUAGCAGCGGCGGCAGCGCGCUUGGUGAUUGAUGGGUUGGGUUUUUACUUUACCACCGACGAGAUGUACUAGUUCAUGUAUUGUUUGUGUUUGCCCUGUCAUCACGGCGAGUGCGUUAGUGUUGAUGAUCUGGGCGACUUUGAUGCCAAAUGCUGGGAAAUUAUAAUAGAAUAAGAUCGUGUACUAGAACUCGGAUAUUAGGCAAUGAUCUAAUAUUAAAUAGGUAAAAGUGAUGCUUUAAACUUAGCCCACUCGUGAAGCUGACCGGAAGAUCCUGGACAUUUCUCAAGAUCGUGUAAUAAGGACAUGUAUGAGCCAGAACGAUGGUAUUGGGCACCUUUCAGAAUGGUUGGUUCUGCUCAUCUUCGGCCGUGGCCGAUGUGCUUA